AUGGGUAUUGAUCUCGACCGUCAUCACGUUAAGAGUUCGCACCGGAAGGCCCCGGCCAGCGACAAUGUGUACCUCAAGCUUCUCGUGAAGCUGUACCGCUUUCUUUCGCGCCGCACUGAUGCUUCCUUCAACAAGGUCGUCCUACGCCGCCUCUUUAUGUCCAAGAUCAACCGUCCCCCGGUGUCUCUCUCCCGCAUCUCGACCAACAUCACCAAGGACGAGAAGAGGACCAUCGUCGUUGUCGGCACUGUCACCGAUGACAACCGUCUCCUGACCGUUCCUAAGGUCUCGGUUGCUGCCCUCCGCUUUACCGCCACCGCCCGCGCCCGCAUCCUGGCUGCCGGUGGUGAGACCAUCACCCUGGAUCAGCUUGCUCUCCGUGCGCCCACUGGCAGCAACACCCUGAUCCUCCGUGGCCCCAAGAACGCCCGUGAGGCCGUGAGGCACUUCGGCUUCGGCCCCCACAGCCACAAAAAGCCUUACGUCGAGUCGAAGGGCCGCAAGUUCGAACGUGCCCGUGGUCGCAGACGUUCGCGUGGUUUCAAGGUCUAA